GUUAGCUAGCUUGACACAGUUAGCUAGCAAAGGCAGCCGGGGGACACAAUGAAUGACUUAUUAUUACCGCAGAACUGUUAGACUCGUUAACAUUUUAGGAAAGCGAUCUAGCUACCAGUAAUUUUGUUUUUAAUCGAAACAAGCUAGCAUACGUAACGUCGGUUACGUAUAAAUACACAGCGUUAUGCUAUCUUGCUGAUAUAAUAUUGCUUGCGUCCCAUUGUUUCCGUUAGUAAUGGUUUUAAUGAUGGAAUCCCAAUGUGAAUAUUUCAUGUAUUUCCCGGCUGUUCCUAUAUCAGAUUUGUCUGAUCCCGCUCGAUAUCGUUCACUUCCACGUCGCAGUCACCUCUACCUUGGUGAGACUGUGCGUUUUCUGCUCGUCUUGCGCUCACAAAAUGGUGCGUCUGGGCUCACAAGCAGCGGGGGUGUGGACAGUGUCGCCGGGUCGGAGCACCCCAACAGUCGGGCUUGGAGGGACCUUGCUAAUUCUUUGUGCGCGGUUGCAAGUGUCUGUCCCGGCGACAGCCGUAAGCGACAUAUGUAUCAUGAUUAUCAUAGCAGUGGGGACGAGGGUAUGGAGGAUGCUGAUGAAGAUGACCUGGUUGAUGGUUGUCGAGGGGGGUCUAAAAAACGUGGAUUCCGAGAAUGUAAACCGUUGCUUAUUCACAACAGUCCCGGUAACGGUGUGCGAGAAUUCCGCAAGGCACCCUUGCAGUCCCCUGCAGAUGAGCCUGUGGUUCUAAACGAUGAGGUCAUUUUCCCGCUCACUGUGUCUCUUGACAAACUUCCUGUCAGUACACUUAAAGUGAAGAUAAUCGUGACCGUUUGGAAGCAGGAAGAGGAGCGGCCUGAGAUCCAGGAUCAUGGUUACCUCAGCAUCUUACAGCAGAAAAGCCCCUGUCAAACUUUCCACCAAGAUCUUAACACGUUCAAAGCCCAAGUCAGCACCACACUGAAUGUCCUGCCUCCCCCCGGCCUGAGGUGUCAGCAGAUGACUGUGUCUGGCAAGCACCUCACUGUCCUGAAAGUCCUGAAUGGGAGCUCUCAGGAGGAGGUAUGUGUGCGCGACAUCCGAAUCCUGCCUAACUUCAACGCCUCUUAUCUUCCCAUGAUGCCUGAUGGUUCAGUCCUGCUGGUUGACAAUGUCUGCCACCAGUCUGGUGAGGUGGGCAUGGCGUCAUUCUUCAGGAUGGAGAGCAUGUCGAGCCCCCUUCCCAGCAUGCUGAGCGCCCUGGAGGAGCAGAACUUCCUGUUCCAGCUGCAGCUGAAUGAUCAUCCACAGGAGGAUACUAACGAGGGUCUGGAGGUUCCGCUCGUGGCCGUCCUCCAGUGGUCCACCUCCAAGCUGCCCUUCACCAACUCCAUCUACACGCACUAUAGUCUGCCCAGCGUGCGGCUGGACCGGCCCCGCUUCAUCAUGACCGCCAGCUGCCCCAGCGCCGUGAGGGCACGAGAGCACUUCCGGGUCCGAUACACGCUGCUCAAUAACCUGCAGGACUUUCUGGCCGUCCGGCUGGUUUGGACACCAGAGGGUAAGAGUGGCCGAGGUCAUAAGGAAGACCCUGCUGUCAACGCCGUGGUGUGUCACUCCCCACUCAGUAACCUUGGUUACUGUCGCAAGGGCAGCACACUCUCUGUCACCGUGGCCUUCCAGAUUCUGAAAGCUGGACUGUUCGAGCUGAGCCAGCACAUGAAGCUGAAGCUGCAGUUCACGGCGUCCGUGUCCAACCCGCCCCCGGAGGCCCGGCCGCUGUCCCGCAAGAGCAGCCCGUCCAGUCCGGCCGUGCGCGACCUGCUGGAGCGCCACCACCAGGCCAGCCUGAGCCUCGGCCGCUCGCAGUCCUUCUCCCACCAGCAGCCGUCCAAGUCGCACCUCAUGAGGACUGGCAGUGUUAUGGAGCGCCGGGCCAUCACCCCGCCGGUCGGCUCUCCCGUGGGCCGUCCGCUCUACCUCCCCCCCGAGCGCAGCGUCCUCUCCCUGGACAAGAUUGCCAAGCGCGAGUGCAAGGUGCUGGUGCUGGAGGCAGCCAGAUAAACUCCCCCAUCCCAUCCCUCCUCUCUCCAACUCUCCACUGUUGUAUAACACCACUGGGUUAUCUGUAUUUUAGGUGUACGAGGAGUUUAGAGCUACGAAGCUAUUUGCAUUCGGGGGGGAAAACUGGAACAGAAUAUGUAUGUAUUAAUUCAUGAGAACUUGAACACAACACAAACAUGUUUAUUGGAGCCCUCUGUCUUUAGAUUAGCGUUGGUGAUAGCAAGCGACAAGUAAUGUUUCAGUCUUCACAUUUCACAUGGAUCUCGUAAAUGUUGAUGUUGAUCUUUCAGAAAAGGUUCUUAUUUGGUUUAUGUUUACUGUUGUUUGGGGAGAUGGCUCUUGAGCUGAACAAAAUGACCACUUGUCUGUAGGCAAACAGACACCACACACACACACACAGCACACAUUCCUGAUUCAUCAGAGCUCUCCCACCCACUCUCUCUCUCACACACACACACACACACACACACACACACACACACACACACACAUACACACACACACACACGCCAGUAUACCAGCUCAUAGUCACGCUGUCUUUGGAAUGCUGUAAAAGACAUAUGAACCGUGAGGAAACCCAUAUGUCUUAUGAGGCCACAUCGACAGCACAAUCCAAACAGACUCUCACUCGUUCGUAUUUACAAUGUUAUUUCUUUGUGUGUGCGUGUGUGUGUGUGUGUGUGUGUGAGAGAGAGAGAGAGAAAGUGAGAGAAAGGGAGCAGCUAAGAGAAGCAUAUGGGCCAAGAAGUGAAAUGGUGAGUCUGACUGCAUCGUGACUGCAUCCAGUCUGUACUGUGUGUAUUUAUACACAUAUGCGCAUGUGUGUGUGUGCGUGUGUGUGUGUGUGUGCGCGUACGUGUGUGUGUGUGUGGGAUGGGGCUCCGUGUUUGCUGACAUCUUCCUGUCAGACUGCAUUGUGCUCGCUCAGCCCUUUGGUGAGCUGACUCACGUCGCCACACUGGAAUCUGUUUAUUUUUUCCUCCUGUAAUUUAACUGUAGCCUCAAGAAAUGGGUGGCUGAACUCCUCGCUAUUUAUUUCAUCAGGUGUUGUUGUUUUGCGCCCGCAAUAAACGCAAUCCUCUCAAAAAGCACUUGCACUCUGCUAACAAACAAAACUGACAUUUCUCCCGCGCUCGCAUCAUUCCUGGGUUGUUGCUUUUGAGUGUUCUAAUCCUUAACGCUUUACUCACUUCCCGUGUUUAUUGUUUUAUUUUGUUUUGGUGUUAUUUUGUUUUGUUUGAGCGCCAGUGUGACGUUUAUGUGCUUUUUUUUAAAAAAAAACGCUCCCGGCGACCACUUCCUCUUGUUCUGCUCUAUAGUGUGCCAACUGCACGGUCUUUUUGUUACUUACCCUCCCAUGACCAAAAAUGCUGCACACACACACACACAUUCACUGCACACUCACCACAGACACACACACACACACACACACACACACACACAAUCACCUCACCUCCUCACCUCCUCUGGGCCCGUAUCAGGGGCAUUGAGUCAUGUCGUCUUGCCCCCAGCUUGGCCUUAUUGUCAGACACCAUUUUGAUUUAUUCUGUCCCCAACAUUCCUCCUCCCCCUCCCUCCCCCUCCUGCUUUCCUGUUGUCACGGUGACACGGUGGUUGGUUGCACACCCACCUCCCACAGCCCCCCCAACCCAUAAUGCAUUCAUCAUCACUGAACUGUGACAGUAGACUCCAGACCCCCCUAGCCCCCCCUCCUCCCCUCCUCCCCUCUUCCCACUCUUUGCCAUAGCGAGCUGCACACGGAUGUUCUACCCACUGCCACUGCCUGGGGCCUUUAUUGGUGAUCAGCCGGCUGUCACUAGGGCUGGAGUGCAUGUGGGCAAGUCCAUUGAUUCUACAGCACCAUGUACAUGCUGACAGCUGUGUCUGCAUCACGAAAGCUGCUGAAAGAACCUCAAUACUGGCUGGGUGUUUCAUGACGGGAGGCUUACUAUGGGAUGUUCUUGUAUAGUGAAGCAUUGCACUUCCUGUGAAGUAGACUUCAUCUUUUUUUAUUUUUUUUUGUCCGUAGACUUUUGUGCACUUUUCAGGGAGUCUGCAGACAAUCCAAUGCAAAUCUGUGACAGGCGUGAAAAAUAGCAUUCCUGUGCUGUCUUGGACACUGGAAUUGUUCUGUGUGGAUGUUUUCAUUUAUGCUUCUUUUUAAAAAAAAAUCUAGCUUUGUAGCUGUAUCAUUUAGCCUCUUUUGUUGCAGUGCAACACAUUGUUGGAUGUUUUGAAUGUAUGAGUUAUGGUUUUGGUUUUGUUUGAAGUUUCAAAUGAGCAGCUACUUGAGAGAGAUUCACUCCUCUGUUUUCCAUUAGUCCUUCCAUUUCAGUCGUCGACAGCACAUGAGGAGUCAGACAUCUGACAGGGUUUUUGUUUUCAUUAUUUCCUUGGGGAUUUUAUUUCAUUCAAGCACUUUAUUUUUACAGUUUUAAGUUAUUAAACUCAAGAAAACAAAGACGUUUGGUCAGUGAUGUCAAUAUAUUGCCUCCCUCCACUGUCUUACUUUUGAACUUAUUUUAAAGAGGGUUUUGGUUAUGUUACUUGUGUUGAAUGUGUGAAAAAUGUGAUCUGGUCCUUGUGCUUGAAUAAAUAUA